AGCGGAAAACGAAUGCGCUUUCCUGAGUUUUCAACUUUUGAAACGUCUGCCUUCGACAGCUUCAGGACAUAGAAAUAAGCGGCGUUUGUUUUUUCCCCUUCUUCUUUGUCUUUUUUUGUUGUUGUUUAGCCUCGCGUCGCAGGUACCCUUAGAUGAGCAUAUGACCGCAGUUCCAUGCUUGUAAGAAACACGUAGACAUCCACAUCAACGGACGAUAUCUGUCGCUACCACGUAUAUAAAACAAUAAUAAAUAGCGAGGCUUCAUCGUGGACACUUCUGCAUACCCGCCGAUAGAGACACGGAUAGAGAAAACACGUAGCUCUUUUUUUUCCUUUUGAGAGAGAGAGAGAACAGAAGCGUCGAUAUUUGUAAAAGUACUCUUUCUUUCUCCAGUAGGAAGCUCAAUCACUGCGGCAGCAGCGUCAAAUGUCUUUUAUUAUUUUUUGAGUCACAUCUCUCUUUGCUCUUCUCUGGCUCUCAUAGGCUUCAUCGUCAUAGCGCUGUUGUUCUUUUUCGUCUCUUUUCAUAUUCCUUUCUUCUCCCUUGUUUUGGCGCUUUUCAGAGGAAGCGACAGAAACGGAUCGGGUCUUCGUUUCCUUUUCUCAUAUUUCAAAAAAGGAUUCAUAGAGCUCGUUUGGCCCAUCCACCGUGUUUCUCCCUUUACCGUUUAUGACGUCCAAUCCGUACAUCACCCAGCACUAUGGCAGCUCCAUGGAGCUGAUGUCCGCCUUCCCGGAGGAGGGAGCAGUCGAGGAGGUCAGCGCCGCAGACGGAUUCCGCCGAUUCCCCAACGCGGCGCACAUGACACACACCGUCUUCAGGCCCAAAAACGCACCUCCCGUGGCGUCGAGCCUACCCCCCACCAACGGCACGAGCAACGUCGUAAGGGCGGACGUGUCGGACGUCUUCGCCUCCCUCCGCCUGCACCGGGGUGUUUUGAUCGACAACUUUCCCUCGCGCCCUCUCACGCCGAGAGGCAACAGCUCGCUCAACUCGCUCCCACCCUUGCUGCCGGCUGGACACUCCCGUGUAGGCACGAAAGACGGCGCGAGGGACGGCGGGGAGGGUCUGCUCCGCAGCUGGGUCAAAACAUCCGGCCCGUCGAACUCCUCCGCGUCGUCCUCGUCCACCUUUGCGUCGUCCGCGGCGGAAGGGCACGAUGCGGUCACCGCCCCUACCGGCUCUUCAGUCCUCCCCGCCGCACCAGAAACUGAGGAGGAGGGGAGGGCAAAACCGACCGACAACUUCACCAAAAACGGCGUGCGGGCGUCGCCUCCGCGGCUCCCGGCGACGGCGACAGCGAUGCCCAGAGUCGUCCCCCCGCCGGAUCCCCUGGUCGAUCCGACGGCGCCGUCCGUGUCGAUUUCGCCAAUGUCCCUUCCUGUCGGCAACACUGCCAAGGACACGCCGACCAAUGGAACACCAGCGUCGACGCCGGAGCCGGAGUCGGAGGCGGUGGGCGGGAUGAUGGACGAGGUGCUGCAGCGCUCUCGUGACGCACUCGCCCAUGUGCAACGCGUGUUGGGCGAAACACCUGAGUUGAGUGGUGCCGCCGGCGCUGCCACUACUGCUAUCGCCGCUGCGACACGUGCCUUAGCCCCACCCCCUCCGCUAUCUCUACAGGAACGGAGGGCGGAUGCUGUGGAGAAGGCACCUCAGCUGGCGACGUUGCCGACCGUCACCGUUGAGGUGGCAGCGCCGGUGCCGGUGUCGUCGAAAGAAGGCAGCCCCGUGGACUCGCUUAAUUACGUCUCUCCGAUGUCGGUCACCCACGAGGAACGCAACUUCCCCAACUGUGCCAAGGUUGGCGGUAUGCUAAAACUUUCUGAGUUGAGAGGCGCGACACACGGGACGGGGAUGGCGGCACUGGAUAAGGCACGCUUCAUGGUGUUGUGCAAGGUGGCGGAUCCCGCUGUUAUGGUUGCGCAGCGUCUGCGCCGACGAAACCUCGAUGGGCAGUCGAAGGUGCUGGGACUGACCUCCACUUCGACAUCGCAGCUAUGCGAGUACCGCCCCAGCACUGUUGAUCCCUUUCCUGCUCAACGGGGCGUGCGGACUUCUUCGCGUCAAAAAAUUGCGGAGGUGUCGCAUCGCCCUGUUGCUGUCGUCGCUGCUCCGGCAGAGCUCCCAGCGGAGGCGCAGCUUGAGGCGGACCCUAUACCUGUCUCCUCCGCGUCUUCCUCUGUUCACGCGGCGGCGCUGGUGUCAACCCAGCCACGCAAAACGUCUCCACCGCCAAUUCCUUCAGCGAGGCACGCGGAAGGUGGCGGCCCGCACAGCUCGCUGCAUGAGGAUCCUUCGCGGUUGCAGGAGCUGGCGGACUUCUUGCGGGCGGGCAACGUCAGCGGCUUUUCGAACCUCAGUGCAGCACUCUCUAAACCCACGGCAGCCGUGACGACGCCGCCGUCUACAUCGCCUCGUACUCGCGUAGAGCCACACCUUCGUCGUCGGUCUAGUUCGCGAGUUGCUGCGCCGCCUCCUGCCCCUACUGUCCUGCUGGGCAAUCCGCCUGCUGCGACGACCUCUCCCCCAUCUUCGCAGCUCAACCGCUCCUUCACGCCCUCGUCGCAGCUGGCGCGCGUCAACACGCACGAGGCGGCAGCCGCCAGCGUUUCGCCGCAUCGUCUCUCGGUUCGGUCGCAGCGCCCCAGCGCGCUCCCCAGCUACGCGCAGCCCACGAUCAGCUGGCUCUCUAAGGGGUCCGAGGCCUCUGCGGAUGACUUCCCCGUGACACACGCCGCGUCCACACGGACCGGUUCGGCGAAUGAGUCGAAGGCGAUGUAG